GGGUAGGGGGUGCGGUGGGGGGUGGGAGCCUCCGGCGCUUGGGGUUCCCAGUCCCCGCCGGCUGCUGAACGGGAGGGGUAGCGGAGGAGCCGCAGAGAUGUCUGGCCAGAGCUUGACGGACCGAAUCACCGCCGCCCAGCACAGUGUCACCGGCUCCGCGGUAUCCAAGACAGUAUGCAAGGCAACGACCCACGAGAUCAUGGGGCCCAAAAAAAAGCACCUGGACUAUUUAAUUCAGUGCACAAAUGAGAUGAAUGUGAACAUCCCACAGUUGGCAGACAGUUUAUUUGAAAGAACUGCUAACAGUAGUUGGGUGGUGGUCUUCAAAUCUCUCAUUACAACUCAUCAUUUGAUGGUAUAUGGAAAUGAGCGUUUUAUUCAGUAUUUGGCUUCAAGAAACACGUUGUUUAACUUAAGCAAUUUUUUGGAUAAAAGUGGAUUGCAAGGAUAUGACAUGUCUACAUUUAUUAGGCGGUAUAGUAGAUAUCUAAAUGAAAAAGCAGUUUCAUACAGACAAGUUGCAUUUGAUUUCACAAAAGUGAAAAGAGGGGCUGAUGGAGUGAUGAGAACAAUGAACACAGAAAAACUCCUAAAAACUGUACCAAUUAUUCAAAAUCAGAUGGAUGCACUUCUUGAUUUUAAUGUUAAUAGCAACGAACUUACAAAUGGGGUAAUAAAUGCUGCUUUCAUGCUCCUGUUCAAAGAUGCCAUUAGACUGUUUGCAGCAUACAAUGAAGGAAUUAUUAACCUGUUGGAAAAAUAUUUUGAUAUGAAAAAGAACCAGUGCAAAGAAGGUCUUGACAUAUAUAAGAAGUUCCUGACUAGGAUGACAAGAAUCUCAGAGUUUCUCAAAGUUGCAGAGCAAGUUGGAAUUGACAGAGGUGAUAUACCAGAUCUUUCACAGGCCCCCAGCAGUCUUCUUGAUGCUUUGGAACAACAUUUAGCCUCUUUGGAAGGAAAGAAAAUCAAAGAUUCUACAGCUGCAAGCAGGGCAACAACACUUUCCAAUGCAGUUUCUUCCCUGGCAAGCACUGGCCUUUCUCUAACCAAAGUGGAUGAAAGGGAAAAGCAGGCAGCAUUAGAGGAAGAACAGGCUCGUUUAAAAGCUUUAAAGGAACAACGCCUAAAAGAACUUGCAAAGAAACCUCAUACCUCUUUAACAACAGCAGCCUCUCCUGUGUCCACCUCAGCAGGGGGUAUAAUGACUGCAGCAGCCAUCGACAUAUUUUCUACCCCUAGUUCUUCAAACAGCACAUCAAAGCUGCCAAAUGAUCUGCUUGAUUUGCAACAGCCAACUUUUCAUCCACCUAUACAUUCUAUAUCAACUGCUUCUCAGGUAGCAAGUACAUGGGGAGAUCCUUUCUCUGCUACUGUAGAUGCUGUUGAUGAUGCCAUUCCAAGCUUAAAUCCUUUCCUCACAAAAAGUAGUGGUGAUGUUCACCUUCCCAUUUCUUCAGAUGUAUCCACUUUUACUACUAGGACACCUACUCAUGAAAUGUUUGUUGCUUAUCCUAAUACUACUCUUAUCUGCCAUGAGCCCUCUAUUGUAGCUGGUUUAUUUGGAGGAUUCUCUCCUUCUCCAGUUGCACAGCCACAUCCUUCAGCUGGCCUUAAUGUUGACUUUGAAUCUGUAUUUGGAAAUAAAUCUACAAACGUUAUUGUAGAUUCUGGGGGCUUUGAUGAAUUAGGUGGACUUCUCAAACCAACAGUGGCCUCUCAGAACCAGAGUCUUCCUGUUGCCAAACUCCCACCUAACAAGUUAGUAUCUGAUGACUUGGAUUCAUCCUUAGCCAACCUUGUGGGCAAUCUUGGCAUUGGAAAUGGAACCACUAAGAAUGAUGUAAAUUGGAGUCAGCCAGGUGAAAAAAAGUUAACUGGAGGAUCUAACUGGCAACCAAAAGUUGCACCAACAACUGCUUGGAAUGCUGCAACAAUGAAUGGCAUGCAUUUUCCACCAUACGCACCCCCUGUAAUGGCCUAUCCUGCUACCACACCAACAGGCAUGAUAGGAUAUGGAAUCCCUCCUCAAAUGGGAAGUGUACCAGUAAUGACACAACCAACUUUAAUAUACAGCCAGCCUGUCAUGAGACCACCAAACCCCUUUGGCCCUGUAUCAGGAGCACAGCUUUCGGCAGCAUCCAGCCCCUCCAGUCACAGUCCUCACAGAGCUUCAGGAAAGGACCCUUUUGCAGAGCUCUCUUUGGAGGAUUUCUUAUAAAUCACUUUAGAUACAGUUUAUGUAACUAGAUGGAAGAGAAUGGAAUUAUUCCAAAAAGACAAAUGCUCAAGCGGCGAAUCCUUACUUCCAGCAAAAUCCAAACUGCUGUCUCUUAAACUCUCUUCUUCCAUUAGAAUGCUACAGUAACCCAGCCAAGGCCCAUGAAGGAAAUUGGGACUAGGUUAUAGGAAAAUGUAUCAAUACAAUUUAUAAAGCCAGGAAUUGCCAUGAUUUAAGACUAAGGUCUGUCUUUUUGGUGACUAACCUUUCAGUUCUUUAAACGCCUAUUAAUACCAUAAUCAGUAAUGUACAAAGAGAAGCCCUUAUUUGGAAAGUGUGAAAUUUGUAUUUGGAAAAGCUGUCUGGAGAGAAGAGUUUUGUCCUUUACUGUAAUUCACCAGGACUCUUUUUUGGGGAUCAAAAUCACAAUUCUUAAUUAUGCAGAAUCUAUUCUCCAGUCCUCACAGAUAUAGAAACAGUAACUGAAAUUAACUUUUCUUUUUUUUAAAAAAAAAAAAUUAUAUAUUCAGUUUGUAGUAGACAUUCCUUAUGUAUUUGUAUUUAUUUAUGAUUAUCAAUUUACAUAACAUUAAUAUUGUAUCAAACCUCCUUAUGAAAAUGAGUAUGGAUGUAUACAGUAUGUUUGAUUUUUAUCCACAAGAAUGAAUCUGAUUCAGAAUGCUUUUCAGCUGACAUUCAGAGCACUAAAUAUUUUAAGGCAAGUCUAUAGGUCUGAAUCUCUUAAGAAUUCUUGAUCGCUAUGGCAAUAGGGAAGCAUCAUAAAUGCAUUAAUCCUUAUAGUCAAUUCUGUGCCUAGGAUUUUGCAAGGAAACAGUUCACUGACUAGGAAAAGCACUACAUUUUAAAUUCAGCAUUAGUGCAUCAGGAAGGAACUUUACUGCUUUGUGCUUGGCAUGUCAUUUUCCAUUUGAUAUUAGGGCCUUUCCAAAACGAAUGCAAGGAAUUGCUUUCACUUCAAGACUUUCCUUCUUUUCAGUAAAACUCUUAGGAGGUGUUAUGGGGGGAGGGAGGGGGACAAAAUCCUUAAACCUUUUAUUUGGCUCAUUCCAUGUUAUGAUCAUGUACCUUUUAAAUAAGGGGAAAUAGUAUCUUUAAAGUUAAUGUCUAGCCAAGAGUUUAGUUAACGAAGAAUUAAACUGCACUGUUGAUCGGUGCUUUGUGUAAAUACAUCUUAAUGUUUGGGUUGAGAGGGGCCUUAAGAAGGACAGUUCAUUGUAGGAAAGCAAUUCUGUACAUGAGUUUAAGCAUACUUGUUGCAUUGUCUUUGCAGAUUCUAUUUUUGUUUACAAUAUUAAAAUGUAUGUUAGCGAAAAUGGGUGGAUUUUCAAAUAAAAUGCAGCUUCCACAAAACUUC